AUGAUUUUGAUCCUAUGUCCUGUGAUUAUAAUCCUAUGUCCCGAAAUGAUAGCGACUCGUCAGCGGCGUCGAGACACAGAGGGCAAAAACUCGGAACGAGCAAACACCAUCAGCAGAAGAGAGAAUUAUCGCACGACAAGAGGCACUAUUCUCGAACUGGUGAUGGUGCAACGGAUUUGUCAAAUGACACGACUAGUUACGACGGCGAAAUAUGCGGCGACGCCUCACCGGCGAGACGUAGCGCAGCCCCCUCCUCCAACGGGAGCAGCAACACCAAGAAAAAUGUUAGCGCAGAUAGCGCCUACGGCAGUUUAAGCAGAAGUUCUCCGGGAAAGCAGCUUUCAACCGGCAAAAACUCGAAAGGAGCUAAAGAAUCCUACCCGGCUCACCAACAAGUGGAAACAUCUGAUAGAGGUGACUGUAGCGGCAGAUUAUCGCAGCAACAAAAUGCGAACUAUAUGCAAAAUUCGGUGAAUUCGCGUCAAGCACUUUCUCGAAAUUCAAGCAUGAACAGCUCACCAAAACAUAGAUUAAUCAACAACGACGACGCUUUAUCCUCAACAAGUGGAGAUUCCCUUUGUAUAACUUUAAAUAAACUUAAUUUGGAUGCACAAGGUUUUGCCUCGCCAUUAGAUACAGAUCGAACAGAUCGUAGUGGUCACCAGACAUCUAGCCGAAGUACUAAUCUGGCGAAUCCUUCAAUUGGUAGACAACAUAAAGAUAAAAAGUCUACUGCAGGCCAUGCAGAUGUUAUCUCAACAGGUAUUCGAAUGAGCAAAUUCUGCCACGAAUGUGGCAGCAAAUUUCCCCUGGAAGCGGCCAAGUUUUGCGUCGAAUGCGGCGUCAAGAGACUAACACUCUGAUGCUCAUCAUUGACGAAGAAACAGCGACGACGACUUUUUGUAUCGGAAGCAAAAAUACUUUCAUCGUCGAAUUUAUGAAAUUAUAAUAAGAUAUUUCAUAAAACAACUAAAGUGACCCAAGUUACCCACAAGCGCUUUAUACAACAGCAGUAGUAUAUCGCGAACGAUCGAUUUAAAAUAUAGACGAAACAUGGUUUUAGAUGAUUAUAUGUUGAUUUUGAAUAAAGAUAAUUUACGGCGCCCCUUUGUAAUAAAAUGUUUGCAUUUUUUAUUACUAUUAAUACUCACGCUUUUUGCUUAG